AAAAAAAAACAUAGGUCCGUAAAAUUGUAAUCAGUAAAAUUUCUUUAGUUUCUGAUCUGCCUUUGCUUUAAAGUGAUUUUGUAACGUUUUACUUUAAUCACAUGAUUCCAGUAUAACGUUUCUUAUCAAGGCUUGUUCCUGUGAAUGUUUAUCAUUUGUGGAAUAAUCAGAGUGAUAUACUUUCUGACCAAAGGGCAGCACAUUUGAGGAAAAUCAUGAAGAGAAGACUUCUGCUGGUAUCUAACUCUACACUUCAUGGAGGAGGAUAUCUUCAGCACUGUCAGCAGAACAUCCAAGACUUUUUUGGAAAGGAUGUAAAGAGGAUCCUGUUUGUCCCGUAUGCACUGCAUGAUCGAGAUGCCUAUACCAAGACUGCCAGAGACAAGUUCAAGACAUUGGGCUAUGAAGUGGACAGUGUCCAUGAGACACCAGACCCUGUGGAUGCUGUUAGGAAAGCUGAAGGAAUAUUCAUUGGUGGCGGCAACACGUUCCGCCUGCUGAAAGCUCUCUAUGACAACAAGCUGGUAACUGAGAUUAGGAAGAGAGUUUUACAGGAUGGAAUACCUUACAUGGGAUCAAGUGCAGGCACCAACGUCUCCACCAUCAGCAUCAACACCACCAAUGACAUGCCCAUCGUCUAUCCACCCACUUUUGCUGCCAUUGGUUUAGUGCCCUUCAAUAUUAACCCUCACUAUCUGGAUCCUGAUCCCAACAGCAGACAUAUGGGGGAAACACGUGAACAGAGAAUCACCCAGUACCACGAGGAGCCGGACACACCAUGUGUGCUGUUGUUAGUCCAGCAGCAGCAUAACACACACCAUAUGCUGUUGAUGGCAGGGUCUUCGGGAAGGCUCAAUGCUCUUAGUGGAGGGAAACAAAGCCACCUUACUUGGGUCCACCAAAGCACGACUAUUCCAGAGAGGGAAGCAAACCACGGAGUAUGAACCGGGAAGUGAUCUCAGCUUCUUACUGACAGAUGUACAAUGAGUUGCGACAUCAUGUACAAUGCAAACAUUUUUACAAUAAAUACUAAAAUCCACAGUCCAA